GGUCCUCAAAAGCUCUUCCUCCUCUUUCUUAAUUUGGUCUUAUUUGGUUUCUGCAGGAGUUGUUAACUCUGUUUUGAGCUUUGAGAAACUCAGGGUUUCGGAUUAAUUUGUAUUUUUCAUCUGGAAUCGGAUCUAGCUGGUAUUAAAUUGUUGUUCUGUUUGGAAUAUGGGGGAGUGUGAGUGUUUGGUUUCAGAGUCGGGAGGAGAAGAACAGCUGGUUGCUGCUGCUAAUUACAUUAUUAAGGCUUUAAGUUCAAACAUAAGCCUUUCAGAUGAUGGAAAGAAGGUUUUGGCUGAUCUUUGUUCGAAGUUAUCUUUAGUAACUACACAGAAUCAUCAAGAAACCGAUGUUGUUGAAGUCGAAAUCAAGGAGACAGAGGUUGGGGAUGUUGAAGAGAUUGAGAGUAGGUUCAUUGUAGUGCAGGAGAAAAUCAUGGGUUGGGAGGCUGAUCAGUCCAUGAUAUGGGAUUCUACUACUCCAAACGAAGCUUGCGAUUAUCUGAAUGCUGCGGAUGAAGCUCGGGAAUUGGUUGGCCAGUUGGAGAGUUUGUGUUUGAGUAAAGAUGAACAAGGUUACGAACUUUCAAGGAAGGCCCACGAUGUUCUUCAAAUAGCUAUGGCAAGGCUCGAGGAAGAGUUUAAGCACUUGCUUGCUAAAAGUAGUCUUGAAGAUGAGCCAGAGAGUGUGUCUUUCCAUGUGGCGGAAGAUGCUGUGGAGGACGGAUCCACAAGCUUAUACCGAGAUGAAUCUUUUGAGAGUUCGGUUCGGAGUAGUAGUGUUGGGAGAAUUUUGGAGAAUUCCAUCAUUGAUUUGGUCAAUCCAGAUGCAGUUAUUGAGCUUAGGGGCAUUGCAAAUGUCAUGUUCAAGGCUGGUUAUGAUCAGGAAUGCAUCCAGGCUUACAAUCAUCUUCGUCGGGACGCUUUAAAUGAGUGCCUCUUGACUCUUGAGAUGGAGAAACUGAGCAUUGAGGAUGUGCUAAAAAUGGAUUGGGGUAGCUUGAACUCGAAGAUCAGGAAAUGGAACCGAGCAAUGAAGAGAUUCGUGAGAAUCUAUUUAGCCAGUGAAAGAUCCCUUUGCGAUCAAAUUUUCGGGGAGGAAGGACUGGUUAGUUUGAAUUGUUUUGUCGAAUCAUCGAAGGCAUCAAUGCUGCAACUUCUAAACUUUGGCGAGGCCAUGGCCAUAGGCCCUCAUACACCAGAAAAAUUGAAUCGCAUUCUCGAAAUGUAUGAGGUCAUCGAAGAGCAUCUCUUAGAUAUCGACACAUUGUACUGUGAUGACGUUGGCUAUCUUGUUAGAAUUGAGUAUCACGAUGUUCUAAAUAGUUUAGGUCAGUCAGUGAGAGCUACAUUCCUCGAGUUUGAGAAAGCUAUUGCAGCAAACACAUCGCCGAAUCCAUUUGCAGGCGGUGGAAUCCAUCAUCUAACAAAAUAUGUCAUGAAUUACCUUGUGAUACUUACCGACUACAGUGACUCCCUCAAUUUACUCCUGAAGGAUGAUGAAGAUGUAUGUCCCAAUUCACCAUCAUCCUCUUUGAAUCCAACUAGAGAAGAAGAUAGAGAAGGUGAGUUCUCCCCGAUGGCUCGACAUUUUCGUUCAGUUGCUUCAAUUCUAGAGAGUAACCUUGACGAGAAGUCAAAGCAAUACAAAGAUCCUGCUCUACAGCACUUCUUCUUGAUGAACAACAUACAUUACAUGGCUCAGAAGGUUCGAGGUUCCGAGCUUAUCCAGAUAUUCGGGGAGGAUUGGGUUCGAAAACACUACAAGAAGUUCCAGCAGCAGGCGACCAACUACGAGAGGGCUAGUUGGAAUUCAAUACUCUCAUACCUUAGGGAAGAUGGGAUUCAAAAUCCCGGUUCAAAUACGGUCUCGAAAAAUGUCCUCAAAGACAGGCUGCGCAGCUUCAAUCUAGCUUUCGAGGAGAUCUACAAAACUCAGACUGCGUGGAUAAUUCACGACUCUCGACUUCGAGAAGACCUGCGAAUCUCAACGUCGCUCAGGGUGAUCCAUGCUUAUAGAGCAUUUUUUGGAAGAUGUAAUAAUCAUGUCAGUGACAAGUUUAUUAAGUACUAUCCAGAUGAUUUGGAGGGUUACCUUCUUGAUCUCUUUGAGGGAUCACCAAAAUCACUGGCCAACAACAGCAGGAGAUGACUUCCAAAAUGAACUCUCAAAACCUUUGUUGUUUUCACUGGAAAUCCUUCAACUUCUUUCUAUUCAACUCUACUAUUUUUAAGUUUUGGAUCAGAUCCUUGUACUUUUGGCCUAUCUUAUUGUUAUAAUAAAGUAAAGAUUAUUAUUAUUAUUUUUUUA